AUGUGGCGCCUUCAGCUAAGUUGGGACAAACCCGUUCCACCUGAGGUCGCUCACCAAUGGCAUAACUUUAUCUCUGAAAUGCAACAUGUUAAACAGAUUAAACUGACUCGUAGAGUUACACAUGAUGACGCCAAGAGUUACCAAUUGAUUGGGUUUUGUGAUGGCUCUUCAAAGGCAUAUGGAUGUUGUGUAUACUUGAGGACAGUUCGUGCCAACCAUUUUAACACGCAUCUGUUGAUUGCAAAAUCAAAAGUUGCACCCCUAAAACCACUAACGGUUAACCGUCUAGAGCUUUGCGUGUCCUUCUAG